AUGCUGCGCCGUACUCUCUCUGCCAUGGCCGGCAAGGUGCUCGUCGUUGCUGAGAUGCACAAUGGUAAGGUGUCUCCUGCCACACUCGCCGCCGUGACGGCGGGAAUGAAGGUUGGCCCUGUCACCGCACUUGUCGCCGGAAAGGACGCCACGAAGACAGCGGCGGAUGUCGCCAAAGUGAAGGGAGUUGAGAACGUGCUUGCCGCAAAGGGUGACCAAUACGAGAAGGGUCUGCCCGAGGAGUAUGCCCCCCUCAUUGCAUCUGUGGUGAAGGAUGGGUACACACAUGUCUUUGCAGGCACAUCCGCGUUUGGAAAAAAUGUGAUCCCUCGUGCUGCAGCAAAAGCAGAUGCGAUGCCGAUCUCAGACGUGACAGAAGUGAAGGAUGACUCCACUUUUGUUCGCCUCAUGUAUGCUGGCAACGUUGUCAGUACGGUACGGUCUUUGGACCCGGUGAAGUAUGCCACCAUCCGCGGCACCAGCUUCGAGCGCGCGCCGCUGGAUGGCGGUAGUGCCCAAACGAAGGAAGUGGAGGCCACGAAAGCGGAGGGAAAAUCCAAGUGGAUUGAAGACACCGUCGCCUCGAGUGAAAAGCCAGACCUGCAAACGGCUGCCAAUGUCGUUGUCGGUGGCCGCGGUCUGAAAAACGCCGAGAACUUCAAAAUUCUCAAUGAACUCGCAGAGCCGUUGAAGGCGGCGGUGGGUGCGACUCGCGCCGUUGUAGAUGCCGGCUACUGUCCGAACGAGAUGCAGAUUGGCCAGACGGGCAAGACGGUGGCGCCGAACUUCUACCUUGGCUGUGGCGUCUCCGGGGCGAUUCAGCACGUGGCUGGGAUGAAGGACGCGAAGGUGAUUGCCGUCAUCAACAAUGAUGCUGACGCGCCCUUUUUUCAGGUGGCAGACUACGGUCUUGUAGAGGACCUGUUCAUUGCUGUGCCGAAACUCACAUCUCUGGUAAAGAAGUGA